UAAAACCAGAUGUUUCAAGUUUGUGUCAAAAUCUGACUUUUCGUUCUUGUAAAACUUUGUUUUACAUUGUGUUUUGCGGUCUCGCGAGCGCGCUAAUUUUUAUUACGAUAGUUCAACUUUUGUCAAAUUACCAGAGUGAAGAAAAAUAAAAUAAUACAGUUUAACUUUGGUGAUGCGAGGAACAGCACGGAAUCUGGGCACGGAAACCUGCAACCCUUCCAGCACCCUACGUUGAUCUUCAAGUUGACCCAGGAAAAAAAAUCAAAAAGUUCACUUCACUAGGAUUUCUUCAAUCAGGCUAAAAAAUGUCGACUGUCAAUGGAAGAAACAGCUUAAGUCAAGAUCAAACCGAACCGUCUAUGAUGGACGUCAUUCGACUGCCCAAGGUGGAAGGCGUUCGCAUGCUGGAUCGCUUCAACGUGAAAAAGUCGUUCGUGGGCGUCCUCUACCUCACCGCCACUCAUCUCAUUUUCGUCGACCCCGAGAGCAAGAAAGAAACAUGGAUCCUUCACAUGCACAUUCUAUCUGCCGACAAGCUUCCCUUGACAACUAUGGGCUCACCCUUGCAAAUAAGAUGCAAGACCUUCCUUUCCGUAACUUUUGUUUUGCCCAAGGAGAGAGACUGUCAGGAAAUUUUUACAACUCUCCAGCAGCUCUCAAAACCUGUUCAGAUAGAAGAACUGUACUGUUUUGACUACACAGCAAGCACGGAAGAAGUGGCUAAGCACGUUGGUUGGAGUUUUUUCGAUCUGCAAGCAGAAUUUCAACGGAUGCGAGUGCCUAAUGAGGCGUGGAGUCUGACUUUACUCAACAAAGACCACGAGCUAUGCGACACAUACCCUCGAUACCUGUAUGUUCCUGCGUCAGCAUCAACCUCUGUGCUGAUGGGUUCGUCAAGCUUCAGGAGCAAGGGCAGAUUGCCUGUGUUGUCAUACCUGCAUACCAAUAAGGCUGCCAUAUGUCGAUGUAGCCAACCUCUGUCAGGAUUUAGCGCCCGGUGCUUAGAAGAUGAACAAAUGCUCAACUGCAUUCUGAGAGCCAACCCAAAUUCAAAGUUCAUGUAUGUUGUUGAUACCAGACCAAAGAUUAAUGCAAUGGCCAAUAGGGCUGCUGGGAAAGGGUACGAGAACGAAAACUUCUAUGAGAACAUCAAGUUCCAGUUCAUUGGAAUUGAAAACAUUCAUAUAAUGAGGAGCAGCUUGCAGAAGUUGCUUGAAGCUUGCGAAUUGAAGGGCCCAUCAAUGAAUAAUUUUUUGGGAGGCAUUGAAGCUAGUGGCUGGCUGCGUCACAUCAAAGCAGUUCUUGACACCUCUUUAUUCAUAGUACAAGCAGUACAAGAGGGAGUCAGUGUGGUGGUUCAUUGCUCCGACGGAUGGGAUAGAACUGCCCAAGUCUGUUCACUUGCCUCCUUAUUCCUGGACCCAUUUCACAGGACUCUGCAAGGCUUUCAAGCGCUGAUCGAGAGAGAGUGGUUAGCCUUCGGCCACAAAUUUGUCGAUCGCUGUGGUUUUCUGGCUGGUGACCACAAAGAGGUGUCUCCCAUUUUCACCCAGUUCUUGGAGUGUGUGUGGCAACUGACCAACCAGUACCCACUCACUUUCCAGUUCAACGAGCGCUUUCUUCUGGCUCUGCACGACCAUGUGCAGAGUUGCCAAUACGGCACCUUUGUUGGGAACUGCGAGAAAGAUAGACUUGAUCUUCGCCUGCACGAACGAACCUAUUCCCUGUGGGGUUACAUUGCCAACCACAUGAAUGAAUUCAUGAACCCUCUUUACGCUGCUGAGGAAAACACGGAAGUGCUCAUCCCUAACCUGGCACCCCAAAACAUUAGGUUUUGGAGAGGCAUGUAUUGUCGGUUCGAGAACGGUGUCCACCCUCGUGAGGUGCUUGGUGAUAUGCUGUUAGCUAUUUGUGAUCACAGUGCCUCUCUUGAGGAUCACAUUCGCCUGUUGAACAAGAGAAUAGAAACCCUUCGAUCAAAAAUUGAUGCUAAGAAGAAAGUAGAAACCAAGAAAGAAGAAAAAAUCGAGGACUGCGUUGAUAACAAGACUUCGUAUGAUAAGGGAUCACCUGAGCAGGAUGAGGAAGUAUUCAGAGAUGAAAAGGUUGAGAUUACCGUUACUGCAGAGCAACUGGCCUCUGAACUCAAGUCUGUGGCAAUUGAGUGGAAAACUCUGAGGAAUGUGCGCGAAUGCAACUGCUCGACACCAUUUGAUCAUUCCAGUAGAAAGUGCCACUGCUGGAAGUGUGGGGAUGUUUUCUGCACUAGAUGCAUCGACAAGCACACUGCUUUGCCUGGCCACGACAGUCAACGGGCUGUCCCUGUGUGCAGGACUUGCUUCAGAGAACUCCGGAGAACAUUUUCAGUAGACUCAGCCUAAAGACUUUUGAUGUACCUUGAGGUUAAAAUCUACAUUCCUUUGCGAACAUAUUUUUUGUGCAUUUCUCCUUUCAAUUAAAUUAAAUUUAGACCUUUUUUGCCAUAAAGGUCAUGUGAUGCAGUUAAACUACUAAUUAUCUGUAUUUUAAACAUAAUAUUAUUUUUGUCUAUUUUGGUGCUGUAAUAAUUGUCAAAAUGUCAUGUGAUUUUAAGACACUAAAUUGAAAAAAAAAAUGGGAAUGAAUUCAAAAUUGAAACUCAAAAGUUAAAAUAAAUACAACAAAUAUAUUCC